AUCAGGAUUUUCCAGGCUUGGGCGCGGCUUUCCUCGCUUUAGGUAUCGACUCGUGUGAUUGGUGGGGAGCUAUCGCGCGCACCACAUCAAAUAAGUGUCAGGACACGCGCUGGAGAGGAUCCAAUACGCCCGCGUCAUCACGCGCAGGGAGGUGCCACCAUCUGGCUGUAGGACCUGAGGAACACCAGACUUCUCACACGGGACUGUAGGGACUGGAGCAGGACUGGUCGUCUCUCUCACAAUUAAAGACAUGUGGACUUCAGGCGGACAGGUGCUGUCCCUGGUGCUGACGGCAGUUGUGGUUCUAGUACCCUCAUCUGACAGCAGCGUUCCCCCGCCAGAGAUCCAGGAUGAGGUGAAUAAGUGCAUGCUGACGCUCGGACUUCACAAGGUCAUCCCGCACAUCAGCUCCGUCAAGAUGGCCAUGGACUUCUGUAUGGCUAAGGUGGCCAGGGCUCAGUCAGACGGCUUCCACAGAACAGCUAAGAAUGCCUACCCGCAGCAGUCGUCCUACCACCAGCAGCAGUCGUCCUACUCUAACUCCCAGCAGUCUCCAUUCUCGCAGCAGCAGUCGUCACCACAGGCGGCAUACAUGAGCAACGCCAUCAGCCCGUAUGAUGAUUCAGGAGCAGAUAACAAACAAUUCGAUCCAAAGACGUACGAUGGCGCCAUAGAGGAAUGUUCGGAGAAGAGCUUCUUAGCGGGGAAGUGCGUUGAAAUGACGGACUGGCUGGUGAAUAUGGUUAACACAGUCGCUCCGCAGCCUCCGCCGCCGCCACCACCUCCCAAGUGCGUUGCCGACUUCGCGCACUGUGGCUACUGUGAGUGUAACUGCUGUAGUGGGAAGUGUGAGCUCAGCUGGCUGCUAUGGGAGGCCAGUGUGUGUGUACCUGAGAACAAGUGCUCAUACAGCCGCGUCACGAAAUGUGUCAACCAGAAGAAGAUCAACCGCUAGUAUCACAGCGCCAAGAACACCCAAGGGACCUGAGUUCACACCACCACUCUCCUCUGCCACCUAGCGGUUUUGAUUGGUACUACAGCCGAAUGCAAGAGUUGGACAAUAAUCAUGCAUAACAUUGCAUCCACAUACUCCAGUCGAACAUAGUGACUGUAUAAUUCCCCCCAUGGGACAUGGCUUGUUUAAAACUUACUGUGAAAUGCCUCCAGGCUCCACUGUAUACGAAUGUAUAUUUAUAGAAAUAUCUGUAUGUAUAUGUAUAUGUAUGUAUGUAUGUAUGUAUGUACGUAACAAGUUAAUCAAGAUUGUUUGGACUGAACAACGAACGCGGAAAAUGGAAUUUGAACGAUUACAUCUUAUAAAGCGUUGAUAAUAUCUUUAAUCAUGAUGUGUUCUUUGGCAAUACAAUACUAUAACGUUGAACCGAUAUGGUAGUACCAUUGUUGAUAUAUCUACGGUGUCAUAUUUGUCCUAAACUUUAUAACUAUGUACGGUUCUGUGUUAACGUUAGUUCGUCAGUCCUGUUUUAUUGUAACUUGUUUGCAAUAAUUUCCACUGGGAUCGCUAUCAGCGUAUUGCCACGCGUUCUUUCUGUAAACAUUGAAGUGUGUAUGCAGGCUUUUGAACGACAUGAUAUAUCCGAAACGUUAAAUUAACUGCAAAACAACGUUAUCUCAGAGACUCCCAGAUGCGUCUGAUUGCAACUGAGUACAAGAAAAUGAAAGCAAACUGUUUUGAAGACCCGCUGUACUGUAUAGUACUUCAAUGCUUUUUAAAUGCAUCACGUGUAUCAACGUUAUGCUUGUGAUAAAUCAGAGUGAAUUCUACAACUAUAUCGAGAUCGAAUCUAUUGAAAACGACACUUCAGAAAAUGGCUAUUGAUGUUGACACAUAUACAUAGCUCGUGCCCGAUAUAUUGUUUCUAUACUGACACUGUUAUUGUUGCCAUGUCAAUAAACUCUUUCUCAUUGUACCAAGGAAAGAACCGUGCCCACAGCAUACUGAAUAGUAACGCAAAGUAUUUCCAAGCAGAUGUUGUGACAAAACUGUGGAAGAGAGUAAGACUUAACCCUUGCGUUGAACGCAAUAUUUGUUCGUGUAUAUCAUAUGCUUAUGGUAUGUAGCACAUGACCAUGCAGAGUCCAUCAUGUGGCCAAAGUCGUUAACUUUUAUUCUGCCAUAGAAACCGGAAGUAAUAAAGAUGUUCUAUAUCAUACA